AGGUGUAUUCAACUUUUGUAUUCUAUGUUACAGGUAUUAUUGUUUUUUGAUCAAGAGUUGAUAUUAUUAUUAUUUGGAAAAAGGAGAAGCGCCAGGAUGUCUACCGCAAACGACACAGAGCCUAUGCAAAUUGAAUUUGGCGAUGAGGAUUUAGUUUUUGAAGAAGAGAUACUGAGAAAUCCUCAUUCUGUAAAACAUUGGUUAAGAUAUAUCGAACAUAAGAAGAAAUCCUCUAAAGAUGAACUCAAUGUAAUUUAUGAAAGAGCUUUAAAACAAUUACCAGGUUCUUAUAAGCUAUGGUAUAAUUAUUUGAGAACUCGGAGAAUCCAAGUCAAGAAAAGAUGUAUCACUGAUCCACUGUAUGAAGAAGUCAAUAAUGCAUUUGAAAGAGCUCUUGUUUUUAUGCAUAAAAUGCCUAGAAUAUGGAUUGACUACUGUGUUUUCCUAACAGGGCAAUGUAAAAUAACUCGAACAAGAAAGGUUUUCGAUAGAGCACUUCGUGCAUUACCUAUAACACAACAUAACCGUAUUUGGCCUUUAUAUUUGAACUUUGUUAAAAAAUAUGAAAUUCCAGAAACUGCUGUAAGAGUAUUCAGAAGAUAUCUCAAAUUAUUCCCAGAAAAUGCUGAAGAAUAUAUUGAUUAUCUCAAGAACAUUACAAGACUAGACGAGUGUGCUACACUUCUAGCUAAAUUGGUUAAUGAUGAAAAUUUUAUAUCUCGUGAAGGAAAAUCAAAGCACCAGCUGUGGAAUGAAUUAUGUGAAUUAAUAUCACAGAACCCUAAGGAAGUAGUAUCUUUGAAUGUUGAUGCUAUUAUAAGGGGAGGAUUGAGAAGAUAUACAGAUCAGGUAGGUCACUUAUGGAAUUCACUAGCAGAUUAUUAUGUCCGAAGUGGCUUAUUCGAAAGAGCUCGAGAUAUUUAUGAAGAAGCUAUUCAAACUGUAACCACAGUCAGAGAUUUUACCCAAAUAUUUGAUGCUUAUGCCCAAUUUGAAGAAUUAAGUUUAAGCAAAAGAAUGGAGGAGGUUGCUAAAAUGCCAAAUCCAACUGAUGAUGACGAUAUAGAUUUAAGAUUAGCAAGAUUUGAACGUUUAAUGGAAAGACGAUUACUUUUAUUGAAUUCAGUGUUACUUAGACAAAAUCCACACAAUGUAAAAGAAUGGCAUGAAAGAGUACAAUUAUAUGAAGGGAAACCACAUGAAAUAAUCAAUACAUAUACUGAAGCAGUGCAAACAGUAGACCCAAAAUUGGCUGUAGGCAAAUUCCAUACAUUAUGGAUAGAGUUCGCCAAGUUUUAUGAAAAAAAUGGUCAAAUUGAUGAUGCUAGACUCGUGUUCGAGAAAGGAACCCAAGUGCCUUUUAUUAAAGUUGAUGAUUUAGCAGCUGUUUGGUGCGAGUGGUCUGAAAUGGAAAUUAGGAACGAAAACUACGAAGAAGCGUUGAGACUGAUGCACAAAGCAACCACUAUACCCUCCAGAAAAGUUUCAUAUCACGAUGAUACCGAAACUGUACAGAAUCGUCUGUACAAAUCACUCAAAUUAUGGUCGCUUUAUGCGGAUCUGGAAGAAAGUUUUGGUUCUUUUAAAUCCUGUAAAGCUGUGUAUGACAGAAUUCUCGAUUUGAAAAUCGCUACACCUCAAAUUAUCAUAAACUAUGGUUUGUUCCUGGAAGAACAUAAUUAUUUCGAAGAAGCAUUUAGAACAUACGAAAAGGGGGUUUCGUUGUUCAAAUGGCCGAAUGUUUAUGAUAUAUGGAAUACGUAUUUGAUGAAAUUCUUGAAGAGGUACGGCGGUGAGAAACUGGAAAGAGCCAGAGAUUUGUUUGAGCAAUGCUUGGAGAAAUGUCCUCCGGAAUUCGCUAAGAACAUCUAUUUGUUAUACGCUAAACUUGAAGAAGAACACGGUAUGGCUAGACAUGCGAUGAGUGUGUAUGAAAGAGCCACAAGUGCCGUACCACCAUCUGAAGUGUUCGAGGUCUUCAAUAUCUACAUAAAACGAGCGGCAGAAAUAUACGGCAUAUCAAAAACCAGGCAAAUCUACGAGAAGGCAAUAGACGUUUUACCCGAGGAUAAAACGAUUGAAAUGUGCAAGAGAUUCGCAGAAAUGGAGACAAAGCUUGGAGAAAUAGAUAGAGCAAGAGCCAUCUAUGCUCACUGCAGUCAAAUAUGCGACCCUCGGGUAACAACGGAGUUUUGGCAAAUAUGGAAAGAGUUCGAAAUCAAGCAUGGUAAUGAAGACACAAUGAGAGAAAUGUUGAGGAUAAAGAGAAGUGUCCAAGCCAUGUACAAUACUCAAGUGAAUAUGAUGUCUGCACAAAUGAUGUCAUCGGUGAACAGUUCAGCAGGCACAGUGGCCGAUUUAGCACCUGGUGCUAAGGAUGGCAUGCGAUUAUUAGAGGCUAAAGCGGCUGAAAUGGCAGGAGCAUCAUCCACCAGUUCGGGUCUUGGUAAAAUCAUGUUUGUUAGGGGAGAAACUCAAGGAAAUAGAAAAGACAAGGUAGUCAAUCCUGAUGAAAUUGAUAUAGAAGAUGGAAGCGAUGAGUCAGAGGAAGAAGCAGAAGUACCAGUUGAACAACAGGACCUACCUACUCAGAUAUUUGGAAGUUUAAAUGUCAAUCGUGAAAAAACUGAUUUGUAAAUAAAAUUUGACAAAUGUUAUCUAUUUUUGUAUAAAAAUACUAGUUUUUUUU